UCUUCACUGUGUAUGGUCGCGUGGUUCCAGCUCGGAUUGCCUUCGCCAGUUUAGAAAGUACGAUUUGGAUGUGUUACUAUUUCUGUGCUGUUUAAACAAGAAUCAUUGUCGAAGAGACAAUAGUGUAUUUACUUUUGAUAAUUGUUAAAGCUAACAUUACACUGUUAUCUUGUCAUAGCUGACAGUGGGAAGGUCGUGAUCUUUCUGCAGAAUACAUUACACUUGUUUCUAUAACAGGGUUAAAAGUGAACUCAUAUCUCGGAUUAAAUUACAGCUUUUGUUAAAAGGGCAAUCGGAUACGGUGAAAAAAAAAAACGAAAUAAAAUCAGAUUUCUUGAGCGACAGUUUUGGAAUAUUUAAAAAAAAAUUCAAACGUUUUGUUUUUGGAAAUUAAAAUAUCAGAUAAAAUGGAAAGGUCCCUCAUUCUGAUGGCGCUUGUGUCCGCUGUGUACUCUUGUACAUUGGACUUACCGUACUAUGCCCGCUCCUCCAACGCGACACUGGAAACUGACAAUACACGGGUACACUUCUCCGAGUACAUCGUGUUUGGCUCGGUAAAGCAGAAUGUCACGGGCCAGAAGUACCCAUAUAACGGCAUGGACGGCAUCUACACCGUGGCGUUUGAAGUUCUCUGUUCCUACAAGGGCGGGGUAGUGCCCAAGACUAUCUAUAUUGCUGGCAUGGGGAACGAGAACAAAGCUUUACCCGGAUGUCCAACUGUAAAGGUGGGCAGCAAACAUAACUAUAUUAUGUACUUGAAAAACACUUCUCGGACCAAGUCAGACGCUAUUUACGAGAUCGAGUACGCCCCGACCGGCGGGGAAGCUGAGAUUAUCCUGGAUGACCUAACAAUCAACUGUGGACUUGAGUUGCACGAGGAUACAGCAGCUGAGGAGUGUAGUGAUUUCAUACCACUGAACAAGGAAGAGGGGUGCGUACAGUGGAAGAAACCGGCACCGACUACCCCCGCAUCCACAAAUGCUCCAACCACAGUUCCAACCACAGUCCCAACCACAGUUCCAGAGAAGGAUACUGACGAAAUUGAUGUCAAGCCUGUUCCAGAAGAGGAUGAAGACAACCAGUCGGACCAGGGUGGAUAUGAUACCAAGACAGAGAAAACCGUCGACAAUGGGGGAAAAACGGGCAAAGUAUCUGACAACGACCCCACCGGCUCAGCUGGAAAACUAGCAUCUUCCUUCUUAUUAGCAAUUGUGUCAAUUUCCUUCGCAAUUCUAUUGUAAAAUCGGAUUAGUCUAGAAUUGUGGUUUUUAAUUCUUUAAGACAUUUAAUAAAUUUUACAGGAUAUAUUACUUCUGAUACUGACGAGCAACAAUAAUCAUUCCCGCAGGGCUAUGUGAUACAAAUGCAGUUUCAGUUUUCAUUUCUGAGCAAUGUCUUUCGAUGGACGUAUCUAAAACGUCAAGUAGAGCGUCGCUGGAAUUCUCUAUCAACGUCGACAGUGUCCUUUGUACUGUCACAAUUAGUAAUUCUAGUGUCUCGUGCCCUGUGACACAAGCACUGUGACGUCAUGGCGCCAAGAUCGGAAUUUCACGUGCGAGAUGUCACCUGCUGGAGGAUACAGAAUAUGACGUGAGACUGCGCUAUUCACGAGCACAGCAAUGAACGUCCGCGCAAUGAAAUGAAUCUCAAAAGGCUGUUAUCUCUGUAUCUUUAAAGUUCAUAAGGAGUUGACACUAAUAAUAUUCAUCUUUUAAGCUCAAACAUUUAAUAUAACGGCAAAGUCGAGAUUGCAAAAUGAUUUAAAUAUAGAAACCAUUAAAAUACUUUAUAACUUAUAACUUCAUUGCAUAUAAAGCAUGCUAGUCGCUGCUUUUAUUGUUCCUAGAUUUUUUUAGUUACGUUGCCUCAUUUAUUACCUCAUAUAACUCAAAUGCUGAAUUGUUUUGAAUAAAUUUAUUGAGGUUUAAAUGGCUCUUUCCCAAACUGGAGCUUUGAGAAAUUGUCUAUAUUAAAACAUGAAUAUAAAUAGUUACAUAAUAAAGUAACCAUUCUUCUUUUAUCUAUCACACAUUUAUAAUAAAUAUAAUAAAUGGGAAUUGAUUAUAUCAAAUAAAUCUAAAUAUUUUUUAUGUUUCGCUUGUUAGAACUUAAAUUGAUCUCUCUCAAUAUUCGGAGACCUUGAGAAACCCCAUACUUCAGAAACGUAGGUCACUAUAGGGCCUAUUGUAUUAAAACACAUCUAAACUAACGGACUAAUAAGUGUUCAUGUAUCUAGUAAAUGUGUUAUGUAUAGUUUUAUAUAUAUACCCAUCAUGUGCAAUACCUCUUUUAUACAUUGUUUUAUUUAGAAAGAUUCAUAUGCAUAAAGUACCAAGUGAAUGUUAAAAAAGCAAGUCUUUUAUUAAACAACUGUGGUAAUAAAAAAUAUAUGUUGAAUGUUCAGUUUAUAUUCAUGCAUAUUAUGUGCAAAAUGUACAACAAUUCAUUUUCGGAUCUGAAAAUAUAUUACUUAAAUUUACUUUUCAUCAUUUGUGAUAAAAAUAAGACAACAUUGUAUAUUUUAUGUCUGGAAAAUCGGGUUACAUCUGGAUGCAAAUGUAAUGUACGGUUUAUAUUAGCACAUAUAAUUGCUUAAAAAUUUAUACAUGAAAUGCCUCAUUUUUAUUUGCAAGGAGCAGAUGUUUGCAUUUAUAUACAAAAUACAGUCAAACCCGUCUGGCUCGAACUCCCAGGGAACGGCGAAAAUACCUCGAACCUCGAAAAAUUCGAGCCAACCAGGAUAAUUACCCUUCAGUAUAAAGAAAUUGGUCCUCUAGCCUGCAAGGAACUCGAGCCAAGCGAGUUCGAGCCAGCUGGGUUCGACUGUAAUUUUAUAAAGAGGCAAACGUGGUGUGGAUUUAUUCUAUGGUCUCUGCUUCUUUUCUCCCACUUGCCUUGCUAAACAAUCUGCCUUCAUGUACAUAUGCAUAUAUGUCCAGCCAGAUAACCACUGUAUUCAUUGUACGAGUUUUGUUAUUAUUUUAACACCAUGUGCUCAUUAUAAAAUGUAAAUAAGCUUUAAUUAUUACAACUAUAAUAUGUUUGCUAUGUGUGUAUACUGUUAAAUAUUUGCUCAUGAGUUCCAGGACUGUAAAGGAUGAGUUUAGUAUUGUGAACAUUUUUUUUCUUAAAACAAAUGUAUUAUAUUAAUGGUAUCCAUUAAUUAGAAACAAACUUUUAUAAUAAAAUACAUAAAUCAGUUUCUAAAUUCACUUUAAGACAUAAUCCACUGAAACUAUUUACAAACUGUUCCAGGACAGGUGGACGAUAUAUUUUUCUUAUAUGACAUUUUAAACAUUGCAAUAAACAGCUAACAUAAAAUUGAUAAUAAAUUUCAAAUUAUUUGCAUCUCCAUACUGAAAGAGCAACUGAGUUAAUAUGCUGUGACUGUGUUUGUACCUUUUUUUAAGCUGCAUGUUCACAGAUUUACCGUUUUUACAACUUCUUUAUUUUUUGUCUUGGAAUGAGCCAAUUCUUGCGUAAAUAUCUGCAAAACAGUGAUAUGAGACUGUUGACAAAAGAUCAGAUCGCAGAUUUUCAUUUUUCUUAAAGCGUUACUAAUGGUUGAAGAAAAAUGCAUAAAACUUCAAUUUUUUUUAACUCAAAAAUAAAAUUCUGCGAUCUAAUUGUCAGCAGCUUUAUAUGACUGAUAUUUAUGCAUGUUCGCAUAAAUUAGCUCAUUCCAAGACAAAUAAAUACAAAAAAUGUCAAAACGUUCAAUCUGUGCGAGUGCAGCUUCAAAGUAAGUUACAAAUUCUCUACCAUUGUCUAAUUGCCUGGAAGCCCAAAUUUGAUGUGUUUUUUUUUCACGAAUAAGGAAUGAUAUUUUACAAUUUUAUACCAACUUAAGAAUAUUCAAUAUCAGAAUUCAUAUAUUGCAAUAUUUCUUCCUAUUUUUAUGAAUAUGCACUAUGAUAAAAACAAUUAAUAUAGAUGGAAUAUUUGUGUAUUUUGAGUUUGAAAAGUGAAUCUUGCCCUAGUCAGAUAUUUGCAAACAAAAACUGGCCCUUAGACAGAAUGAAUGUGCAAUCAUUGAAUCAUUGCUUUAUUCCGAUGGAAGUAUAGAUUCUAUGAAUGGAUUUACUUUAAAUGGCCAUAUGUCUUGCUUCGUAUUUAUUUUACGACUGGGAUUUUCCCUGUGGUUUAACUUGUAUUAUUGAAUAACAGUCAAAAACCGUUGGCUCGAUAUCCUAGGGACCGGCAUAACAAUACGCGCUUCAUGAUAAUCGAGGCAAGCUGGAAUGCUUACAUAAAGUUAAAAUAUGUCAGUACUUGACAUCAUUUCGAGCCAUCGAGGAAAUCGAACCAAGCGAUAUCGAGCCAAAAGGUUUUCAAAUGAUAUGACUUCCUAUUGCCAAGAUCAGACUGAACUAGCUUUUACAAAUGUGGUACAUCACACUUCAGUUUCUUGAAAGUUCUUCAUCAUAAUUAGUUUAAGUAACUAAUUUCGUUAUGCCAAAUUUCUUACUUUAGUCUUGAUAUUACCAAAUAAAAAUUAAUUUACCAUGAUUACCAUCAUGAUAAUUUCCUAAUGAAGUCCAAACACUGUCAAUAAUCUUAAAAUUACAUAAUUUAUACCAAAAAAAAAUAUGAGUGUAGUGCCAUUCCAGUAAACCAUAUAACCCAUAGGGGGGAAGGCAAUUAUUUUAAUAGUAUAUACAUGUAGGUGGGUGUCUUUUUUUGCUAAUUACAACCCCAAAAGGGUAAAUUUGCUUCUGUAGGGGGGUGGCAUAAUUUAAAAGUGCCUUCCCCCGGGGGUUAUAUAUGUAAAUGGAAUAGGCCUUAGCUAAAUCAUGUUAUAAAUGACAUCAGAUGCUUCUAGAAACUGAACCUUGAUUCAACCUGACGAAAGAAGUAAAACAUUUGUGUUUAUUUAUGUGUAAGUCUGAUCGAUAGUAUAAUGAAUUAAAGUUGUAAAUGUGAGUGUGUUAUAUGCACAGUUACCUGUAGCUAAUUGUGUACAUAUAAAGUCUGGGUGCUGCUUUGUGUAAUUACUAUAAAUGCAUGGUGAAUUUUGAAUAUUUAUGAAUACAAGAAUAAAUCUUUUUGUCAUGAUCGA